AGAGAGAAUGGGAAGAAGCCCAAGAAGUCUGUGACUGUGUGUGGAUACCCGCUGAGUAUCUUCUUCAUCGUGGUCAACGAGUUCUGCGAGCGCUUCUCCUACUAUGGCAUGAAAGCGGUGCUGGUGCUGUACUUCCGGUACUUCCUCCGCUGGGACGAUGACCUGGCCAUCACCAUCUACCACACCUUCGUGGCCCUCUGCUACCUCACGCCCAUCCUGGGGGCCAUCGUGGCCGACUCCUGGCUCGGAAAGUUCAAGACCAUCGUCUACCUGUCCAUCGUUUACACUCUUGGCCAGGUCGUCAUGGCAAUCAGCGCCAUCCAUGACAUCACAGAUUCUAACAAAGACGGGACCCCCGACAACAUGACGUUCCACGUGGCUCUGUCCAUGGUGGGCCUCAUCCUGAUCGCCCUGGGCACCGGCGGCAUCAAACCCUGCGUCGCCGCCUUCGGUGGAGACCAGUUCAAUGAGCACCAGGAGAAACAGAGGAGCACCUUCUUCUCCAUCUUCUACCUGUCCAUCAACGCAGGCAGCCUGCUGUCCACCAUCAUCACUCCCAUCCUCCGAGCCCAGGAGUGUGGCAUCUACACCCAGCAGAAGUGUUACCCCCUGGCCUUCGGUGUGCCCGCUGCUCUCAUGGUCGUGGCCCUGAUUGUGUUCAUUGUGGGCAGCAGCAUGUACACCAAGGUCGCCCCGAAGGGAAACAUCAUGCUCGAGGUCUGCAAGUGUAUCUGGUAUGCAGUCAAAAACCGCUUCAGGAACCGUAGCUCGUCCAUCCCCAAGCGAGAGCACUGGAUGGACUGGGCCGAUGAGAAGUAUGAGAAACUCCUGAUCGCCCAGAUAAAGAUGGUGCUGAAAGUUCUGUUCCUCUACAUCCCUCUGCCCAUGUUCUGGACUCUCUUCGACCAGCAGGGCUCCAGAUGGACACUGCAGGCCACCACCAUGGAUGGAGACUUUGGACUUUUGGUCAUUCAGCCCGACCAGAUGCAGACGGUCAACCCCAUCCUGAUUCUCGGCUUUGUUCCCAUCGUGGACAGUGUGAUCUAUCCGCUGAUAGCCAAGUGCGGCCUCAACUUCACUCCAUUGAAGAGGAUGACAGUGGGAAUGUUCAUGGCUGCCCUGGCUUUUAUUGCUGCUGCUCUCGUCCAGCUUCAGAUUGAUGAAACACUUCCUGCAUUCCCUGCUAGCAAUGGCGGCCAAAUCAAGGUCUUUAACUUGGCCGGUGCAACGGUGGACGUCAGCGUAGGGGGCCAGAACUUCACGUUGGACCCUUUCAUGUCCAACAGUAAGUACCUGUCGUUUGAGGGCGAGGUCAACGUUGAUAUAAACAAGACGAGCAGGAUGCCUUUAGACCUGACGAAUGGAACCCGCAGGAGCCUCGUCAUCACCCUUCCGUUCUUGAACAGUACAUCGUACGAAGAUAUCACAGCGAAGCCAGAACAGGGAGAAAACGCUAUCAGGUUCCUCAACGGUUUGGGAGAAAAUGUGAACGUGACGUCGCUGGGGAACAUCCCCUCCUUGAAUAUGUCAAAGUAUGCUCUUGUACAACAGGGAAGUGCUCAGUUUGAUAUCCAAACCGUGAAUGGCAAGUGUACAUAUUCUAUGGCCGUGGGCUUUGGUAGCGCUUACACCGUCAUCAUCCCCGACACGUUCACCAUCGCUGACUGUGGAGGCCUGCGUCUGGAGGAGGACAUCAGCCCCAACGUGGUGCACAUGGCCUGGCAGAUCCCGCAGUACUUCCUGAUGACCAUGGGCGAGGUGGUGUUCUCCGUCACCGGCCUGGAGUUCUCCUACUCACAGGCCCCUAGCAACAUGAAGUCUGUGCUGCAAGCCGGUUGGCUGUUCACGGUUGCCGUGGGGAACAUCAUCGUGCUCAUCGUGGCUGAAGUAGCUCAGCUGCCAGAUCAGUGGGCCGAGUACAUCCUGUUCGCCGCGCUGCUGAUCUUCGUGUGUGUGGUGUUUUCCAUCAUGGCCUACUUCUACACCUACACGGACCCCGCCGAGGUCGAGGCACGCUUCGCCGAGCUGGAGCCCGAGGGCAAGGACAACGACAGGAAAAGGCGGAGCCUGGAGCUGCACGACAGGAAGGAGUCCCUGGAGGAAGAAAACCAGAGGAAGAGCAGGAGCAGCUCCGAGGCCAGCUCCCACCACGAGGCCCCCGCCGUCAAGGCCACCAGCAUGUAGAGACAUGUUCUCUCUCUAUGCUCGACCUCGGGUGUUUUUUCUUGCUUUUUUCUCGUUUUGGUCGUCGUUCUCGGUUUUGGGAUCAGGCGAGUCGGUGUGAAGAUGAAGAGGAGGGUCUUCCAGUGGUGUUGAUUUGGCGGUUUAACAGUUGAGGAAUGGAUGCGUUGAGUUGUAAGGUACAUGGAUAUGGAGGGAGGUCUGGUCGUGUUCUCUUGAGAAUAUAUUGUUCGAAAUUGAAUGCCUAAUAAUUUGAAUCCCUGCUUUCUGCUUUAAAGAUGGUAAUUUCUACUGAAAAUAUUGUACAUGUGUAAUUAUUUAUUUUUUACAAUGGCAUAUUUUGCACUGUGUAGCAAAAGCAAGAUUAUGGGUGGCGUACAUUAAAAGUACCAUUAACCAUUCGAUUUAGUAUUUAUUGCCAGCCUGCAUUUUAUUGUAACAUAGAUUCUUUAAUGUAAUUGAUGUAAGGUGAAGUAAAUCUCACCUCCAAUCAAGGAGGAACUUAAAAGACCUGCCCGAUCAAUUUCCCUCAAUAAAAACUUUGUUUUGGAGUAUCUUCCUCCUCCGACUUUAUUCAUAUAUGCAUUACACUUUGAUUUACCCAUUAAGAAACACAAAUGUCCUCCAACAUGAGCCAGCUGUA